CCAUAUCUAUGUCAAAUACAAUGCUGUGUACUGCUGUCAAGAGUACAAAUAACGACACAAGCCCAUAUGUGUGUAAAGCGAUGCGAUUAUGAAUAUAUUGCCAUAAAAUGUAUUAGUUUAGUAGAAAUAAAGUAUCGUGUUACCACUAACCACUACCAGGUUGUUUACAGUAUCAAUUGUGUUGGAACUGGCACUCCAGCCACAUUUCACUUAGGGGGAAUUGUGAACCUAUACUUUGGAAAUGAUUGGUCGCUGGCAUUGUUGUGUUGAAGAGAGAAAUAUAUGAACAUUGUAAAGUUUUAAAGGAUUGUUGAUUCUGGAAAAAGCAUUAUGUCUUCGGUGUUUAAUAUCGACGAAACUGAGGUUUAUGAACUUGAAAAUGAUGAGGAAUUGUUGAAGGAAGUAUUUGACUAUAAGUCGGAAAGAGAAUCUCUUCGAAGUAACUUCAUCCUGAGAACAACGAACAAAGAUCUAUCUGACCAGCGGAAGACCAUGCGCAUCAGCUCUUUCUCUUCAGCAUUUAACUGCUCAGAAACUCCCACUGGUAGCCCGAAAGUGAAGUGUCCAAGAGUUUUACUCGUAGAUGAAGUUCUUGAUCCUCGAAAUUUUUCUCAACACGAGAAGCAACUUCAAACUUUCACAGAUGUCUCGUCGAUAAAAUCACCCUCAGAAAGGAAUAUUGAUGGAUGUCCCCCAAGAAGUGGCACGGUGUACAAAAACCAAGUAUCAAAUGGAAGUAAUGUUGAUAAUGUCUGCAAUAGUCAGUUUUGUGUUGAUACAAAUGAAUUGCACUUCAUGAAAGAAAAUAGCCAUUCGACAUUAAAUUCUGGCUCUGAUACGUGUAAUCGAUCGUUUAACGGGUUGCGAUACACAAGAAACAUACAUGUAGAAGUUGGCUCUCCUGGUUUGGCUGGAGGUAAACCGAUAAUGGAUUCUACGCUUCGGGACAAUUCUUGUAUUAAUUACGGUUUAAGUCACCUGGAAUCCGAAGAGAAACCUGGCUGCAGCUCGCUGGAAACGCCGAAGGCCAGAAACAAAUGCUUGCCGCAAAAUCAUAAAAGAAGACCAGUAUCAAGUUCGGGAAGAGAGCCAUUGCGAUUGUUCAAAGAUACUGCUCUUGCUAAUUCAGUUUUAUUAAACAGCACAGAUAGUGAAAACAAAAUUAUGCAUAGACCGACUAAUAUCCAAAGCAAAACUAUACCUUCACGAAGUCGCCCAAACCAUCGUUUUCACACCUCCAGUCAACACGUUCAAGCAGUGAUGAGUUUGCAAUUGAUUUUAAGGAAAUUGUUUGUCAUUGAAUGAUUAUUGUCGAAAUUCAACAAAACAAUCUUCAAGCACUACACAAAAUACUUGCCACCAAGAGGGCUUGCGAAACUGUGUACAAAAUACUGUAAUGUCAUCACCAAAUAUAAUCAUGACAAAUGCGAAGUAUCCAAACAAUGUAUGCCGAAAUUAUGUUAACUUGCAUGUUGGAAUGACGCCGGACAUUCUCACAUCGUCUUCAACGUCCAUCCCAAAAACAUCUGAACAGAGUUUUACUUCUGGCUUUCCAUUCAAUAUUCGUCGACCUGCUACACCGAGACGAUUUCCUGGACCUGCUGGAAUUCUUCCUAUGCUGGAAGCUGGGGAAAAUAUUGAAAAUUGGAGCAACACUGUAGCGUUAGAUACUCCCAAGAAGAAUUCACCGGAGAUUUGUACAAUGGUUUUGGUAGGCGGGGAUGAAGAUUUUGAAGUUGAGCCGUGGACGUUAAUGCAAGAAAGAGUUCUCAAAGAUUUUCCCGAUGUUGCAGAGUCUAUUGCUUCCCUACUACAAAAGGCAAGGUCACAAAAACUUGAAAAAGGAAAAGUAUUAUUUUUGUCCGCUCUUGUGAAAGCAUUUUGUACGAAUGGUCUGGAUGCCAGUGUUGUUUUGAAAGAUCCAUCAGGUGAAAUUUGCGGCACGUUGCAUCAAAAAGUUUUGGAGGAACGACCAGCGGAAUUUGAUACUGGAUGUGGCCUGUUUUUAAAAAAGGUUUCCGUCUUCAGUCCAUCCGUUCGGAAACACUAUUUAAAUAUCACCCCGGGUAACAUACUGGAAAUAUUCCCAGCCAACGUGAAAACAGAUUGUCGUCGAGAUGAAAAACUGUCGGAUACUUUGAACAGGAAAGAACUUGAACCAACAGAAAGUGAACAACAUGCUUCUAUCGAUGUCAAUAAAAACGCGGGUGUUAAGCAAACAGAUGGAAGUUUUGAAGAAUUACUUCGAGGAUUAGAUGACGACGACGAUGAUCUGUUAAUGCAAGCAAUGAACUUAUGACGACAGUAGGCCAUUGAUUAUUUGAUGUACAUCUUUUUGUUUGCCGUUUUUUGUAUACGAUUGACAUGUGUGUGCGCGCGUGUGUUGUGUGCUCUCAUUCAUUUUCUCUAUAGAAUUUAAUGAGAAGUGCAUGGUCCUCCGAAUGUUUGACGUCUGCAAAAGGCUUCAAAGAGAUUUCACAAUUUGAUUUAUGCACAUUGGUGUUUUCCAUGAGUGUGUUAAUCGUCUGUUCAUCUACUUUAGGCACAGAUAAAGUCUGCGCUUCUUUCAAUGUAAAUAUGUAACGAUGAAUCAGUGAUGUAAAUCGAUCACGAAAACUAAACUUUUGCUUGAUUCAGAUAACAUUUUUGACAACGAUCAAUGGUCAAAAAGAUAUUCAGUGGCAGAAAUAUAGGUGGAAUUUUUUUGUUGGAAUUUUUAUGUUGUGUAAAUGUAUUAUAAUAAUUAAGUUUAACUGCGCAAACAAAAGUAUAUAUAUUGUCACUAUAAA